UCCCCCCCCCCCCCAAACCCAAGGGUGGGCCUGGCAGUGACCCCAGCCACCUUCUCCCUACAGCCGGACCUUUGGCCUUCCGUCCUUGGAUCGCGCAGUCUUGGCUGCCCGAGGCCUGGUCUGGUUCCUUGGGGGCCAGGAGGGGGUUAAAGCUAACCCCUCCUCCUCCUGUCUGACAUCACUGGAAGAGGGUGAGAGGCUGGGAGCUGUGUGUGUGUGAGAAAGAGAGAGUGUGUGUUCGUGCUGGAUGUGGGCUACAUUGUUGCAGCUCGCGGGAGGAAGGCGGAGAGGGAAGGAAGGGGACUCUCCUUUCGGAUGCUGCGUGGAGCCCACGGGGUAGCCCAGGCACCUCGUAGCGCAGUAGGAUCCUGGGCCCCGGAUCCCGCCUGGAGCCCACUCUCGGAGGACCCCGGCCAGCCAUGGAUGCCUGCAACUUGGAGCGAACGGGGACUGUUUGAUUGAUUGUGCCGAGCACCCCACUUCGUUCCCAGAGACCCUGAAGACCGUGGGGCAGCCUGCGCUUGGUCUCCGGGAGCCGGAGGAGCCCAGAGCUGCGCGGGGCGGGGGGGAGGGGGUUCCCUCCUGCCCCAGCCGGGGGCUGCGUGAAAGAGUAGGGAGAGAAGGGCGGGGAGGGGCGGAAGAGGGAAAGGAGAAGGGGCAUGACUCGUUUAACUUGCGGCGGGCAUCUGCCGAGGCUCUGAGCCGGCUGCCCCGGGGGGCCGGUUUGUGCCUGCGACCUGGGCACCCCCACUGUAUAGGAUCCUGACUUGACACACUGCAGCGAGUUGACCUGGAUACUCGGAGCACCGGCCACCCACUAUUGAUCUUUGCUCGUCUUUGGGAAUCGUUUCGGGAGAGGGAGGAGAGCUCUCCUCAGACGCCCUCUCCCAGGACCUACAGCCCCCCAAUGGCUCGGAUGGGGCAUGCGGUCGCCUCUGGAUGCUGGUGGGCUUUCGCUCUUAGCUUGGCCACUCUCUUCCUCCCAGGUCUGCAGGCCCAAGUGGUCCAGGUGAAUGACACUGUAUCAGGCUUCAUUGGCACAGAUGUAGUGCUCCACUGUAGCUUUUCCAACCCACUGCCUAUGGUGAGGAUCACCCAGAUGACGUGGCAAAAAGCCACCAAUGGUUCCAAGCAGAAUGUGGCCAUCUACAAUCCAAAUAUGGGAGUCUCCGUGCUGGCUCCCUACCGGGAGCGCGUGACCUUUCUCCGGCCAUCCUUCACCGAUGGGACCAUCCGGCUCUCCCAUCUUGAGCUGGAGGAUGAGGGUGUCUACAUCUGUGAGUUUGCUACUUUCCCCACAGGGAACAGGGAGAGCCAGCUCAACCUCACUGUUCUAGCCAAACCAACCAAUUGGAUGGAAGUCACAAAGAAAAUCCUGACUGCCAAGACUGGACAGACAGAAAAGGUCCUGGUGGCCACUUGCAUCUCAGCCAAUGGGAAACCACCCAGUACUGUUUCAUGGGACACCCGGCUGAAGGGUGAAGCUGAAUUCCAGGAGAUCCGGCACCCCAAUGGCACAGUGACUGUGAUCAGCCGAUACCGCCUAGUACCCAGUCGAGAAGCCCACAAGCAACCUCUGGCUUGUGUUGUCAACUACCAACUGGACCGAUUCAGUGACAGCAUCACCCUCAAUGUGCAGUAUGAACCCGAGGUAACCAUUGAGGGCUUUGAUGGAAAUUGGUAUCUGAAACGGAUGGAUGUGAAACUCACUUGCCAGUGUGAUGCCAACCCUCCAGUCACCCACUACCAGUGGAAAAUGUUGAAUGGCACUCUCCCCUCAAGUAUGGACACCCAAAACAAAACCCUCUUUUUCAAGGGGCCUGUGACCUAUAGCCUGUCUGGGACCUACAUCUGUGAAGCUACCAAUCCCAUUGGCACACGCUCAGGCAUGGUAGAGGUCAAUAUCACAGAGUUCCCCUACACCCCGUCUCCAACUGAACACGGCAAGCGGUCUGGGUCCAGCAUCCCCACAGCCAUCAUUGGGGGCGUGGUGGGGGGCAUCCUCCUGGUGCUGGCUGUGGCUGGGGUGCUUGUGGUCAUCUUCCGCCGGCGCCGACACACCUUCAAGGGCGACUACAGUACCAAGAAGCAUGUCUACGGAAAUGGCUAUAGCAAGGCGGGCAUCCCACAACACCACCCACCCAUGGCCCAGAACCUCCAGUACCCCGACGACUCAGAUGAUGAGAAGAAGGCUGGGCCGCUGGGUGGGAGCAGCUAUGAGGAAGAAGAGGAGGAGGAGGGUGGGGGUGAGAGGAAAGUCGGGCCCCCACACCCCAAGUUUGAUGAGGACGUCAAGCGCCCCUACUUCACCGUGGACGAGGCUGAGGCCCGCUCUGAUGGCUACGGGGACCGGACUCUUGGCUACCAGUAUGACCCUGAGCAGCUGGACUUGUCUGAGAACAUGGUUUCUCAGAAUGACGGGUCUUUCAUUUCCAAGAAAGAGUGGUAUGUGUAGCCCCACCUCUGCGCCCUUCCCCCCUCACCCGCACGACCCCAGCCCCCAGGCCCCCGAGGAGCUCAACAGAGACUCAUGUGUGCCCCACUCUGAAGCCCCCACUACACUUUAGAGGUAUGUGAGGGGAAGGAUCAAGUUGAGGCAGGGGGCUACUUUUCUUUAUUUUUUAUCUCUUUCCUGGAUGACUCUGCCUUCCCCUCCCUGCCCCCUCCUCCACCCCUUGCUCCCACUUUCUGUGGUGUUGUGUUCGACUGUGGCUUUGGUGUUCCUGUACUUUCCUUUGACUACUAUCUGCCCCGUGUAUAUGGAGCCUGUUCAUGUCUUGUUGUGUUCCUUGACCCUGGGAUAUGAGGGGGCAACGAUGCCCAGCCAUCUCCCCUCCCCCUCAUCCCCUCUCCCCAAACACUGGAAUUUGUUUAUAUGUUGUCUACAUUUUUUUUCUUUAUGGAGGGGGAGGACUCCCCAGGAAGAAGCCCGACCCACCUCUCCCUCCCCAAUGCCAUUCCCUUUUCCUAGGUUGGGUGAACCUAGGUCCACAUUCCUGUUUCUACCCACCAUGACUUAGCUUUGUGAACAGAUAACUAUAGUCAGCCCACGCUCAUCCCCAAAGGAAGGAAUAAAGACUUAGAGGAAAGAGUAGGUGGGAAAGGGCUGCUGCCUCCAAGGACACAUUUUAAAUUUUAAAAAUUAGGAUCCUUGACUUUUAGGCCAGGUAAUGGAAUGCUCCACUGGUCAGAGUAUAUUUUGCAUUUUUUUUCCUCACUGUUUAACAAAGGGUUAGGUUGGCCAUGAUUUGAUGCUUCUCUUAGAGUCGUGUGCACCCAUGUGCAUGCAUGGAUGCACACACACACAGACACAUACACACACACACACACACACACACACACCCAUACCUUUGUCCUCUUUUUCUUCUCUAAUGACUCUACAGUGAGUUCUUAUUCAUCCAACUAGCUGCCACCAAUAUGUGUGUGUGUGUGUGUGUGUGUGUGUGUGUGUGUGUGUGUGUAAGGGGAAAGAAGAGUUAGUAAAAACUUUCUAUAGGGCAAUAUAUAGAACUCUGAAGAGUACAGAUUGAUGACAUAACAUAUGCAAGUGAAUACUUAUGAAAGAAAAGUUUUUACUAACUCUUCUUUCAUCCCUACACACACACACACAUACCUUUGUCCUCUUUUUCUUCCCUAAUGACUCUACAGUGAGUUCUUAUUCAUCCAACUAGCUGCCACCAAUGUGUGUGUGUGUGUGUGUGUGUGUGUGUGUGUGUGUGUGUGUGUGUAAGGGGAAAGAAGAGUUAGUAAAAACUUUCUAUAGGGCAAUAUAUAGAACUCUGAAGAGUACAGAUUGAUGACAUAACAUAUACAAGUGAAUACCUAUGAAAGAAAAGUUUUUACUAACUCUUCUUUCAUCCCUACACACACACACACACACACACACACACAUAUACCUUUGUCCUCUUUUUCUUCCCUAAUGACUGACUCUACAGUGAGUUCUUAUUCAUCCAACUAGCUGCCACCAAUAUGUACAUGUACACACAUAUACACACACACACCUACGCUUACUCAUGUUGCUACUCAUGUGAUUAAUUCUCUGGCAUCCCUUGACCAUUACAGGAGCAUCACUUUUUAUUACCCUCAGCCAUGGGCUUCACUCCAUGCAGACACUGCCCAGAGUGUGGAUACUUCUUGUCUGUCCCCAUCCUCAAUCAGGGCAUCCUUCCCCAAAAAAACUGGGGAUCCUCCCCAACUGGGGGAAUUGAGAAAAGGAACCUCCAGAAGAAAAAUGAAGCUCUGAACAUGAUCAGAUCUGAUAAAACUAAUCCAAGGAUACCUGUUUAGACCAGUCUACACUCAAGUUUCUUUGUGUCUUAGUCCCAGCUCAUUCUGCUAUCUAAGGUGCUGAUGUUUCUUGACUUUCUCUUGCUGUCUCCCAUACACAGCCAAACCCAAGUCCAACUCCCCAAAUCUCUAGAGGAAGAGGCCCCAGGGUUUUUUACUAUUAGAAUGGAAUUAUUUAGGAAGUUAAAAGUGAAAAAAUGCUGUGUGUGUGUGUGUGUGUGUGUGUGUGUGUGUGUGUGUGUGUGUGUGUGUGUGUGUGUAGGGGGAAAGAAGAGUUAGUAAAAACUUUCUAUAGGGCAAUAUAUAGAACUCUGAAGAGUACAGAUUGAUGACAUAAUAUAUGCAAGUGAAUACCUAUAAAAUGACAAAGAUUAAUAAAAAGAGCAAAGGGGUAGAUGAUCCCUGAGUUGGAGCCUUGGAGAAUUCUUCUCUGGUACAUCACCUCCACAAUUCUUUCCUGCCCUACUCAGACUCCAGUGUACCCUUCUAUCAAAGAGGAACAUAGAGAAGACAUCCAUAUUAAUAUAGGAUCCCUCUAGGUCCCUGACUCCCAGGUUUCUCCUCAAUGACUUGUUUCCUAGGAAUGUUUCCCUACCUGUAAAUGGAAGGAGAGAAAGGACUCAGCACUGAAGGCAUUCCCUCCUUCCUCUGUCUCUCCUCCAAGUUCAAAGUGCCUCGAUGCCCUCAACCCACAGAGGGAAGGGGGCCUUCUUAGCAGCCUUCCCUCUUCCUAAGCCCCAUGCCCCAUCCCUAAGUUUAGAGUAAGGAAUGUGGGAGGAGAAAGUCCAAUAGGGACUUGGUUCUUCCCCUGUCUUUCUGACAGUGAAUUUCCUUCCUGCAAAAGGCACCAGAGACAAGUAUCAGGGAGAAAGGAUUGAAAAUGCUGUCUGACCCACAAUUCCUAGUUCCAGACAAGAGUUCUGGGUCCCACUUAAUCUAAGCAUCAUAACUAGAGACAGCAGUUCUAUGGAAUGACAGGCAAUUGUUUGAGGGGGAGAUAUCCUAGAGUGUGUGCUGUGGGCCACUCCCUACCACCUGCUUACUUCCCCAUACCAGAUGCCACUGUAGAUACCCAGGCAACCCAUAAUUGGGCCUUAGUUUCCUCAUCUGUAAAAUGAUGGAUUUCAACUAGAUGAAUUCUCCUCAUUCUAAAUCUUAGGGUCUUAUGAUGCUAUCCAGAAAGCCGUCCUGUCAUAUAUCUUCUCACCCAGGUGCUGCUACUUUACAGAGAUUCCCUCUACCCUCUUUCCCCUGGUCUAUCCUCAUCCCACCAUCCCCAACAUCUCUGAAUAUGGGUGAGCUUCCCAGCCAACUUCUGACUCCUUCAACCUGCCUACAGGUACUUAAGCAGUGAUUCCAGCCCAAGCCUUUGACCCCUAGACCCCUAUCCUAAUCCUCUCAGCAAGCAGCCCAGUAGCCAUGUAGCAGAAGUCUCAAGCCAUGCUGACCCCAUGGCUGGCCCUUUCUUCUCUUGCAAGCCUGGUAUUGGAGAAGAUGGGUCAGGGCAGCCCUGAGACCUCUUCUGCCAUGGCAGGGGCAGAAAUAGCUCUGGGUCUGGGUCCAGGGAGUCCCACCCAGAUGCUAUCUCCAUGAGCAGUAUUAGUACUCUUUUCCCCUUCCUUCUCUCCCCCCCAAAAAAAGCAGGGGAAUCCUUCUGUAUUAUACCCUGCCACCCUUAGCCCAAUCCACUUCAUAUACUCCUCAGUGACCAACUUCUUUGUCUAUGUGUUUUACCCAGAAAGGAGAUAGGGCUGAUAACCUGCUGGAAGUAUUCCUUUUUCUAUAAUCCCUCCACCCCAGGCUUUUUUCAGCCCUGCUCUCCCAAUCUGACAUCUUCUGGCAUCCUAGAGAGUUAAAUUGCAAUCCCUAACCUUUCUUCCCACUGAUAUACAGUGUCCAACCAAACCUUAGUGCUUCCUUCCUCAUUUCCUUCACCCUCACCUUCCCAAAGCAAAGCACAAACAGCAGAGCACAUAAUAGAUGUAUCAAGGCAUCCCCUUCCCCUGGACCCAGCAGCUGUUACCCAGGUGGCCCACUGCUUCCACCCUUCGGUAGGACUGAGGACUCUGAGCUGAGGUGAGCAUCUUCUUGAGUCCUCUCUGACUCUCCCUGCCAGGGACUCCUUAGGUAGACAUGAAGAGCAGCAUAGUUUCAAUGUCCAGUCUCCAAUGGAAGGACCAGGCAGGGUGCUAGGGUUAGGCCAUAGCAGAGGGCCCCAGCACUAUCUCUUUUGCUAUUAUAGCAUAUUUGGGCUAUACCAUAACAGCACCUCUCUCUUCCAGGAGAGAUGCCCAAUCCCAGCCAAUCAGGAAGGCUAGAAGGGGACAGGAAAUACAGUGAGAACUGGGCUCACUAGCUAGCUUUGGAGCUUUUCCUCCCCAUUCCCACAAAGUGAGCAGGGCUUUAGCCAAGGCUGACUUUGUAGGAUGUGAACUGAAUUGGGGGUGAUUUCAACAACAGCCACCCCAGCUCUUUCAUUCUUGCCUGUUGCAGGGGCUUCCCCACACCAUCCACUCCUCUUCCUUCCCUUAUUUAAUUACAGAUUUUGAAUAUUCUUUUUCCACCACAAAACCCAUCUGAGCUCACUCUCCAUUAUCAGACCCCAAAGCAGCUACACACAAACAUACACACAGACAUCUAAUGCUCAUGUUCAGGUAUACCGCACAGAGACAGGUACACAUGUAGAUGUACACAAAUGUCCACAUCCACAUGUGUAGGUAUAUACAUACAUGCCAAGGUACAUACAUACUCAGAUGCAGAGCUGUACACACACACACACACACACACACACACACACACACUCACCCAGAGGGAUGAGCUUGGUCUUGCUUAAAUAAAGCACUAUGGGUGGGAAUGCCUUUCUGAUCUUAAGUCAAAAAUCGACCAAGUUCCACUGGGUACUGGAGGAAAAAAUAGAGGUCCCAAUCCCCUGGGCAUUGCUGCUCUCUGAUUCCCCCACCCUACCGAAGUCACAUGUGCAAUAAUUGUCCCAAAUAGGAACCAGGGAGCUAAUAAGGCUGGUACUAGGGAAACGGAGGAAUAGGGGACUGGCCAAGGACAAAGGGUAGCAUAAGGGCUGAAAUAUAUGCUCCCAGGAAAGGAGACUCAUCCUAGUAAUACAUUAGAGAGGAGGAUAGGCAGGAGAAAGGAAUCUUUCUAGGCCUAGACCUUUUCUCCAGGCACUGUCAGGAGCUGGAGGGAGAAGGAUGAGAGAUGUGGGAAGUCUCUGACAUUCCAUCCAAUGGGAGUACAUUUACAUGUGAAUGAGGCCUAGACAGCUGGUCAUAGCUUUCCUGGCCCAUGGAACCAAUGGGGAGAAGGUGUCUUCUUUCCUUCCCACCCCACCUUAAUUCCCCCCAGCAUCAAGGAGCUGAGUAGUAAGGUGAAUUUCAAAGAGCUCGUGUCUGGAUCCUUCAAUACCGAUGCUUUUGAUGACUCAGAUGGGAAACCCAGGAGAGCUGGGGUGAAGGGGUGAGGAUACAUGUUUUAAGUGGAGUUUUGUGUUGUUGUUGUUGCAUUUUAUUUUUAAAGAAAAAAUCAAGGAGAAGGCCCCUCCUUGCCCAAGAUUGUAAUGAGCUGCCUUUGCUUUCCUCCCACCUUCCCCUUAUUUCUUUGCAUCAUUACUUGCAGAUGAACCCAGAUUGCAUCAUCACUUGCAGAUGAACCCACCAGAUUCCCCCUUCUGACUCGGGGUGUUUGUUCCCCCUUUGUAUAAAAAAUAUGGGUAAAAAUGUACUGAGGAAAAAAAAUGUACUUUUUUAUAAAUAAAGAGUUUAAAACAA